AUGCCUGUCUCCGACCCCGCCAAACUCGCACUCAUGACGACUGACCCUUCUACCUCUUCUCUUUCCCCGCUGCCUAAGUCGCGCAAGCGAUCCAGGUCGACUGACGAAAGCGACUGCCGCAAGCCUGUGUCUAAGAUCACCGUUGUCGAGGAUCUCAUUCGCGGUCAAUAUACCGGUCGUUUCGAAGAUCCUACUCUCCGCGACCUGGAACGGUACCGAGCCGUUGUGACUCCCUCUGAGUUCGUUGAUCUCAUCAAGUCCUUCGACGACCAGCUGCGCCGGUGGCUAGUGAACCAUUUGACAUACGAUUGGAACGCCCUCACCGGAGAGAUCAUUCUGCGCAGGAUGUCGCCUAGCAACCUUCACGACGUUGUCGCCGCAGAGAUAGGCCUAGCCUUUCGCGACCAGAUCGUCGCCCUGAAACGGAUGAGGAACGUGUCCGCUGAGAUCAAAGCUCUCGUGGCGAACAUCAAGGGUCCAUACGCAAAUCUUGCAUCGCCUGCGAUCGUUCAUGCUACAGAAAAGUCCGGUGACCCCAAUGUCGACAUCCUACUGACGAGCAAUCGACAGCCCGACAAUUCUUUCUACUUUCGCCAUCGUUCCAACAUGCCCAUCGUCAUCGAAGUCGGCAAUUCUCAAGUUGGCGAGGAGCUCACAGAGUUGGCGGAAUCUUGGAUGAAAGACAGCAGCCGCAAGACAAAGACGGUCAUCACCGUUGAUCUGCAAUACCAAAACCCAGCCACGAGAGCCGACAAUCCCCGUACACCGAAGGCGGCUAUAUCCAUCUACCGCGUCACCAAAGACUCGUACGACAAGAAGACAUUCACUUUCUUCGACUUAGCAAAAGGCAAGCAAAUCACGCGAACCCUUCGCCUUACUUUGGCCGACUUCCUUCCUAUAGAGGAGAUCAAGAAGUUUCCGAAGGACUUCAAGUUCCCUGCCAUCGAGAUUACUGCCGAGGAACUCCGCGAUAUCCUGCAACAAGGUGAUGAGCGGCAGCAAGAUGUGGACAGGGCGUCUCUCAGUCCCGGUAAACCUCUUCAACCGUCAAAGAAGCAGAAGCGUCAGCCGACCCCGUCCUCGACGCCGCCUGUAGUUUCCCAACCUGUGCCCGCACCAGUGGGAAGGUCGGGAAGGCCUCUGGUGAAGACUAAGAGGUAUCUGGGUGAGUGA